GUGACAGGGCACAGCUCCUGCCUUGCCCUUGAAGAUCAGUGGCACUGGCGCUGUGUCAGCUGGGAUCUGCUCCCCUGGACUUCCCGAGGGAGCACACAUACUGCAGGGACAAGCCCCGGCUCCCCACCGGUGCGGUGAGGGUUUGGAGGUCACCAGCCCACGAGGGGACACCCCAGCAUGGCCCAGCCCAGGCAAAGCCGGGCUCUUAUCAUUGUCAACACCGAUUUUUACGGCAGCGAUGGUGAGUUGGACCCACGGAAGGGAGCCAAGAGAGAAGCAGAGAAGCUUUCCUACACGCUCUCACGGCUCAACUACAAGGUGAAGCUGGAGCACAACAAGACAGCCAAGGAGAUAGAAGAGCUUUACCAGCAAGAGUGCGGCCACGAGCACGGGGAGCACUUCGUGAGCAUCAUCUCCAGCCACGGGCAGCAGGGGCUCCUACUCGGCUCUGACUCGGAGCAGGUUGAACUGACCCGGAUUUUCCAGAUUUUAUCCUCAAACAAGUGCCCAGUGCUCACCAAAAUCCCCAAAAUCUUCUUUAUCCAGGCUUGUCGGGGGGAAGACCUGGACCAGGGGGUGAUGGUGGAGUGUGACAGCGGGGAGCCUGUGCCGGAUGGCUUCUCAGACUACCUCUCCAUCCCUCCCCAAACUGCCGUGAUGUUCGCCUGCAGCCCAGGCUACGCGGCCUUCCGCAACAUCGCCGGCUCCAUGUUCCUCCAGGCCCUACUCAAGUUCCUGGAGGGAGAGGAACGUCACCUGGCCCUCAACAGCCUCAUGACGCGCAUUAACGGGGAGGUGGCUUUCUACUUCCAGGCCAGGGGCACCCACCAGGGGUGCAAGGAGAUGCCCUGCUUUGUCACCAACCUGCUGCAGGAGGUCUUCCCCUUCUCGGCGCCCAUUGCAGAGGGGGCGGGUGGUGUCUGAGAGCUUCUGGCUCUGCUGGAGAAGCCUGAGGGGGUGAAGAGCAGCACCUUGGCUGCAAGAAGUCCCCUCUCACACAUGGAGGAAAAAAAAGGACAAGUGACAAGAAAACCAACAGAAAACCCCUGCGGAAAGGUGAUGGGCUCAGCCCGGGAUGUGCCGGAGCUGCCCCGGGGGGUUUUAACAAGGCAGCUGAGGCACAUCGUCCCGUGGGACCUUCUGAUCCCGUCCGAGCGCAGGAGGGUGCCCCACAGCAGCACCCCAUGCCGCCCUCGCCCACAGCCCCCGAGCAGGACAUAGACCUGCUCCUCCCCUUGAUUUUCCUUCACCAAAGAGCCCCAACCAUGCAAAUACAAUCUCAGCCAUUUGUGGGUUUUAAAAUUAUUUAUUUAUUUUUAAUAUAAACAAACCUGCACAAGCCACGGACUUUUGCCUUACAGCGGCAGAGCUGAUACGUUUAUCUGGCUGGUGCCCUACCCAUAAUGAAAAUACCGCUGCCCUGGCUGUACAGAUCAUCUCAUGGUCAAGCCGUUUGCUCACGGGGCUGUUGAAGAAUUCAAAGAUUUAAAAGAAAAAAUAAUAAA